AUGUUGAAUGCUUUUUGGUGGGGAGGUGGGAAGGAAGGUGGUGGAAUUCGUUGGAUGGCGUGGGAUAGGUUAGCGUGUCCUAAGGAAGAAGGCGGUAUAGGCUUUCGAGACUUCAAAGCUUUUAACAUGGCUAUGGUUGCUAAACAAGGUUGGUCCUUACUUUCGAAACCAGACACCCUCGUUUCUAGAAUUUUCAAAGCAAGGUACUUUCCCAAUAAUUCUUUUCUUGAUUCUUCCCUUGGUUAUAAUCCGAGUUUUGUCUGGAGAAGUAUCUGGAAAUCCCGUGAGGUUCUAACUCUAGGAUGCAGGUGGUGUAUUGGUGAUGGUAGUCAGAUAAAUAUUAUGCAGGAACCGUGGUUUCGUGGUAGUAGUGAUGGUAAAUUGGGAGGACCGCAAAAACAGGAGGUGUACCAUUUGUCUGUCAAUAAUCUUAUGCAGGUAAAUGUUAAACAAUGGGAUGUUGAUAUCAUUAGAGACCUUUUUGAUGCGUCAGAUAUGGAGAAAAUUCUGUCAGUCCCUUUGACUGAAGAAGUUGCAGAAGACAAAAUGAUUUGGAAGGAUGAGAAGGAUGGUGUCUAUAGUGUGAGAACGGGUUAUAAUUUGUGGCGUAACGCGUGUUGGAGGACAGCAGGUUUGUCUCAUCUUAUCGAUUCCCGAUUACAUUCCUUUCAAGAUAUUAAAUCUCUUAUCUUUGAUAUCUGCUCGAAGGAAAGCCGGGAAGUUGCAGGUAGAUUCGCAGUCAUGUUAGAUGGUAUUUGGAAAAACAGGAAUGACUAUGUUUGGCAUAAUGAACAAGAAGAAGCGUCAGCUUUGGGUUUAAAAUCGAAUUACGUUUGGAAUGAGUGGUUCCAAGCCCAAGAGAGAAUGGCUGGAAAUGCUAGUUCCAAUCAUGUUCUUGAGUGGAGUCCACCUCCCGUGGGUUGGCUUAAAUGUAAUGUUGAUGCGGCUUUCAAUAAUAACAACGGCACUACUAAUAGGGGGUGGUGUGUGCGUAAUCACUUUGGCAACUUUAUCUAUGCAGGUACAGCAUGGGACCCAGGAACUCUACUCGUCUUUGAAGCUGAAGCCUUGGCCCUUAAAGAGGCCAUCCUUGGGGCUAUAUCCUCGAAUUUGGAGUUCGUAAUUUUUGAAAGUGAUUCCCAAAUUGUUACACAAGCUGUCCACUCAAAUAAAAAGGGUAACUCUGAGUUUUGUCUUAUUAUUGAUUAUAUUUGUAGUUUAUUGAGGUCCUUCAAAAACUUUGAGGUAAAGUUUGUCAAACGUCAAGCGAAUUCGGUUGCUCAUUCCCUUGCAAGGGCGGCCAAUUCUUGGGCUCGACGUAGUUUAUUGAGUUCGACUCCUCUUUGUAUUGAACAUCUUUUGAUUAAUGAAAGUCGUUAA